AUGUCUGCAACUCAAUUUCCUUCUCUAUUUGAUAUGACCGCUCUCGAGCCCCAUGGGGCCGAGGGCGGCAAUAAGCCUAUCGAGCAGUUUCGUGAACCGCUUGUCGGAGAACUCGUGUUCGAUAAGUUUGCUCAGUCGCAAGCUCGAAACGAUUCUUUCUCAGGCCUUCCCGCCGUGAAGAAAGAAUUCGAGUCUCCACUUUUGGACCUCACUCCUCAAUUGGAUGAUAGUGCCAAUGCUGCUAGCGAUUUCGAUCAGUUUUUUGCAUCUAGUGCAGACUCUACACCAUUGUUCGAGCUUGAAAAUGUAGAGUCCGAUCCGCAAAACUGGAACUCGCUAUUCGACGAUGACAUAUCUGUUAGUAUUAGUGACUCGACUCAGGCCCAGCCUUCGGACGCACAGAAAUCACGUAUGUCGUUGCCUGAACGCGUCUCGGACACCCUUGAAGAGUCGCCAUACGAACAUAGUAUGCAAGCUUCAACUUUUAUUGACCAAAAGUCAUUUCUUCCCACGCCUGUUAUCGAGGAUGCAAAACUUACGCAUUCGAUCAAGAAAUACUCGGCUGCUGGCUCUGUCCAAAAGCCCGUGAGCUUGGAUCGUAUGGGUUUUGUUCCUUAUAACCGGAAAUCUCGUGCUGCUCCUUUGACUCCAAUCAUUCCCGAAUCUGACGACCCUGUCGCAAUGAAGCGUGCCAAAAACACGGAAGCUGCCAGACGUUCUCGUGCUAGAAAGUUUCAAAGAAUGACUCAGCUGGAAGUUAAAGUUGAAGAAUUGUUGAAGAAAAACACUGAGCUGGAACGUGAAGUGGCAACCUUGAGAUCUCUCCUUGGCAGCCAAAACUAG